AUGACGACGCCGGUCUCGAUGUCGCGGAUCAGGAUAAUCCCAGGUUGGAAGCUGGGAAUACGGAACAUGUGCCACCAUUCUUGUGUCAAUCCGUCGCGGGUAAAAAACCCUCCCCAAAAAACCCCCCGGAGGAUUCCAGAACCCACGUGGAAGGUGACUGACCGCUUCUUAUAUGCAGACAUCCAUGAGAAGUUCGAGGACCUGGAAUGGAUGCAGCGCACGCGAAUAACUGAUGGUCAGUUAGCCAAUGAUCUGUCGCAUCCCUGGGCUCUGGAGUUCGACCCCAAAGUUAAAGAGCGGAAUCGAUAUGUGAACGUGCAGGCCUGGGCAAAUUGUCGCGUCCACCUGCGGGUGCCCGAGGGCGAGUGCGAUUUCAUCAACGCAUCCCCGAUUCGACUGGAGGACUCGGUCACCAGGGAGCGGAGGAGAUACAUCGCCACGCAGGGUCCCAAACCCGAACAUAUAGCAGACUUCUGGCAUAUGGUCUUCCAUGAAUCCCAGGAGGUCGGCGUGAUUGUAAUGCUGACUCAGACUUUCGAAGCCGGCCGAGAGAAGUGCGCCCAGUAUUUCCCGUUGGAUACGGAGCAGGCUUCGAUGGUCCUGUCGACGGACGAGUCGGAUGUGUUUUUCGACGAGAGCGACCAAGCCGAACCGGGAAUCUUAGGUCGUGUCACACUUCUAGAGUUUACGUUCGACGCGAGGUCGAGAUCUGAGAUCCGCAAACUCGAGCUGGCCAUCGGCUCCGAGUCCAAGAUCGUCUGGCAUUUCUUAUUCGCCGGCUGGGCGGAUUAUUCAAAACCAGAAGGAAGCGAUCGCCAAGCCCUUCUGGACUUGAUCAAGCUGUCCGCCUCCAAAACCCACCCAGAUAAUCCGCGCAUUGUGCACUGCAGCGCCGGUGUUGGCCGAACGGGGACUUUCAUUGCCCUCGACCAUCUGCUGUGCGAGUUAGAGUCCGGCCAUUUCUUGGAUAUGGCGGACCCCGAGAUCGACCCUGUUUUUGAAACAGUCAAUCAGAUGCGCGAGCAGCGCAUGAUGAUGGUAUAUAAUGAGAUGCAGAUGCAGUUCAUUUAUGAAGUCCUCCGCGAGCAAACGGAUCGCAAUUUGGGCAAGAUGUCGAACUGGAACACAAACUCUCCUGAUGACAGUGAGGAGCGUUCGUCUAAAGUUCCCAGGCUGGAUGACCAGGCUGACUACUUGCCCACAGCCAAGCCGGAGCUCGAAGCCCUAUCUGAUCAAUUCCACACGCCAAACAGAAGUUGGUCUGGCACCCCGGAGGUUUCUGAUAAUGAAUAA